AUUUGUGAAGCAGAUCUGUCACUUGCUGGUGAAAAGAUGCAGAUUAGAACUGAUGAAACACAAGUGUAUUGGAGUCCUGCUCCACCCAAGUUAGGGGCAGAACCUCACAAAGUUAAGGAAAUCUUAUUUCCACAGUAUUAUCUCGAGGAGCUUGAUGAAUUUGGGCAAAUAAAAAUCACAAAAGACAAAGUUGAACAAAGUGACAGUAGUGAGGAAGAAGAGGAAGAAACAGUGUCUCCUGAAGACAAAGCUGCUAUUGAAAG